GGGGAUGAAGCGCCCCGCCCGCUGUUGCAGCUGAGCCGGGUCGCGGCCACCCGGGAAUUACUGUAACUAUAGAGAGAACCUGAGGCACAAUGGGAGACGAUAGCGAGUGGAUUAAACUGUCCAUUGACCAGAAAUGUGAACACAAGUUGUGGAAAGCCAGAGUGAAUGGCUACGAAGAAGCUCUGAAGCUUUUUCAGAAAAUAGAAGAUGAGAAAAGCCCUGAAUGGUCCAAGUAUCUGGGACUAAUAAAGAAAUUUGUGACAGACUCCAAUGCAGUGGCUCAGUUGAAAGGAUUAGAAGCAGCACUUGCCUAUGUUGAAAAUGCUCAUGUAGCAGGAAAGACAACAGGAGAAGUGAUUUCUGGAGUUGUAAAUAAAGUGUUCAAUCAACCUAAAGCCAGAGCAAAGGAGUUGGGUAUAGACAUAUGUUUAAUGUAUAUAGAAAUUGAGAAAGGGGAACCUGUACAAGAAGAGCUGUUGAAAGGCUUGGACAACAAGAACCCUAAGAUCAUAGUAGCAUGUAUAGAGACAUUGAGGAAAGCACUGAGUGAAUUUGGUUCAAAAAUAAUCUCACUAAAGCCAAUUAUCAAAGUGUUGCCAAAACUCUUUGAGUCUCGAGAGAAGGCUGUUCGAGAUGAAGCCAAACUCCUUGCUGUAGAGAUCUACCGCUGGAUAAGGGAUGCUCUGAGACCACCAUUACAGAACAUAAACUCGGUUCAGCUAAAAGAGCUGGAAGAAGAAUGGGUCAAACUACCGCCAGCAGCUCCCAAACAGACCAGAUUCCUGCGUUCCCAGCAAGAGCUGAAAGCCAAGUUUGAGCAGCAGCAGGCAGCUGGAGGGGAUGCAGAUGGAGGAGGAGAUGAUGGGGAUGAGGUUGUCCCACAGGUGGAUGCUUAUGAGCUACUGGAAGCUGUGGAGAUUCUUUCCAAACUUCCCAAAGACUUCUAUGACAAAAUAGAAGCCAAAAAGUGGCAAGAGAGGAAAGAAGCUCUGGAAGCUGUUGAAAUGCUGGUGAAGAAUCCCAAACUGGAAGCAGGGGACUAUGCAGACAUGGUGAAAGUUCUUAAGAAGGUUGUUGGAAAGGACACAAAUGUCAUGUUGGUUGCUUUGGCUGCCAAAUGCCUUGCUGGAUUGGCUACCGGCCUCAGGAAGAAAUUUGGACAAUAUGCAGGACAAGUGGUCCCAACUAUCCUGGAGAAGUUUAAAGAGAAGAAGCCUCAGGUCGUGCAGGCCCUGCAGGAAGCCAUAGAUGCAAUCUUCCUUACGACUACAUUGCAGAACAUAAGUGAGGAUAUUUUGGCUGUGAUGGAUAACAAAAACCCAACAAUCAAGCAACAGACAUCCCUAUUCAUUGCAAGAAGUUUUCGUCACUGUAUACCUUCUACCCUGCCAAAGAGCCUGCUAAAACCCUUCUGUGCUGCUCUUCUUAAGCAUAUCAAUGACUCUGCCCCUGAAGUUAGAGAUGCUGCAUUUGAAGCUCUAGGCACAGCUCUGAAGGUGGCUGGAGAGAAAGCUGUGAACCCUUUCCUAGCAGAUGUGGACAAACUCAAACUUGAUCGGAUUAAAGAGUGUGCUGAAAAGGUGGAGCUGGCUUAUGGUAAGAACACAGGUGGAGCAGCUGAUAAAAAGGAAUGCAGACCUGCUGCUGGAAAGACCCCAGUUCUUUCAGGGGCUGCUGGGGACAAGGAUACAAAAGACACUUCAGCCAAAUCAGGACCUUUGAAAAAGGCUCCUGCUGCCAAGUCCGGGGGCCCUCCCAAGAAAGGCAAGCCAGCUGCAGCUGCUGGUGCAGGAGGUGCUGGAACUAAAGGCAAGAAAGGAUCUGAGACCAAAGAGAUAUUUGAACCUGAACUCUCGAUAGAAGUGUGUGAAGAGAGAGCUUCAGCUGUCCUCCCAGCCUCUUGCAUACAGCAGUUAGAUAGUGGUAAUUGGAAGGAGAGACUUGCCUGCAUGGAGGAGUUUCAGAAGGCCGUAGAACUGAUGGAGAGAAGUGAAAUGCCUUGCCAAGCUCUGGUGAGGAUGCUGGCCAAGAAACCUGGGUGGAAGGAAACCAACUUUCAGGUAAUGCAAAUGAAGCUUCAUAUAGUUGCCCUGAUUGCUCAGAAGGGGAACUUUUCCAAAACAUCAGCCCAAAUUGUGCUGGAUGGUCUCGUGGACAAGAUUGGUGAUGUGAAAUGUGGGAGUAACGCAAAAGAAGCAAUGACAGCAAUAGCAGAAGCAUGUCUGUUGCCAUGGACUGCUGAACAGGUUAUGUCCAUGGCUUUCUCUCAAAAGAAUCCUAAAAACCAGUCGGAAACCCUGAACUGGCUUUCGAAUGCAAUUAAAGAGUUUGGCUUUUCUGGGUUGAAUGUUAAGGCUUUCAUCAGCAAUGUAAAGACAGCUCUUGCUGCCACUAACCCAGCUGUAAGGACUGCUGCUAUUACCUUGUUGGGUGUCAUGUAUCUCUAUGUGGGACCCCCUUUGCGAAUGUUCUUUGAGGAUGAGAAGCCAGCUCUUCUCUCUCAGAUAGAUGCAGAAUUUGAAAAGAUGCAAGGGCAGACUGCACCUGCUCCAACUCGAGGCACUUCCAGACACAGCGGUGGCAGCGGGGAUGAUGGUGAGGAAAGAGAUGAGCAAGAGGAUAUAGGGAAUGAUGUUGUGGAUCUUCUGCCAAGAACAGAGAUCAGUGAUAAGAUCACAGCUGAAUUGGUGUCUAAGAUCGGGGACAAAAACUGGAAGAUCCGAAAGGAGGGUCUGGAUGAAGUCACGAGCAUCAUUAAUGAUGCCAAAUUUAUACAGCCAAAUAUAGGAGAACUUUCAGCUGCCUUGAAGUGUCGUCUCAAUGACUCCAAUAAAAUCUUGGUUCAACAAACACUGAGCAUCCUCCAGCAGUUAGCCAUGGCAAUGGGCCCAAACAUUAAGCAACAUGUGAAAAACCUGGGCAUUCCUAUCAUCACAGUUCUUGGGGACAGUAAGAACAAUGUACGUGCUGCUGCCCUGGCUACUGUGAAUGCCUGGACAGAACAGACUGGCAUGAAAGAAUGGUUGGAAGGAGAGGACCUGUCUGAGGAGCUCAAAAAAGAAAACCCUUUCUUAAGACAAGAGCUUCUGGGCUGGUUGGCUGACAAGCUGCCUACCCUCCGUUCUGUUCCUUCUGACUUGCUUUUGUGUGUGCCUCACCUGUACUCCUGCCUGGAGGAUCGAAAUGGAGACGUGCGUAAAAAAGCACAGGAUGCCUUGCCAUUCUUUAUGAUGCAUCUCGGUUUUGAGAAGAUGGCCAAAGCUACUGGCAAGCUGAAGCCAACUUCCAAAGAUCAGGUACUGGCCAUGCUCGAAAAAGCCAAAGCCAUCAUGCCAGCCAAACCUGCUGCUCCUGUUAAGGCAUCUUCCAGAGUGGUAGGAGGAGCAGCUCCAGCCAAAUUCCAGACUGCAUCAGCACCUGCUGAAGAUUCAGGGUCCAGCACCAUGGAGCCCAAGCCUGACCCCAAAAAGGCCAAAGCAGGAGGAGCUGCCUCUAAAGCUAAGGGUGCACAAGGGAAGAAGGUACCAAGUAAGCCCAACCUGAAGGAAGAUGAUGACAAAUCAGGUCCUAUUUUUAUCAUUGUCCCAAAUGGGAAAGAGCAAAGAAUGAAAGAUGAGAAAGGAUUGAAGGUGCUGAAAUGGAACUUCACUACUCCCCGUGAUGAAUAUAUCGAGCAGCUAAAGACUCAGAUGUCCAGCUGUGUUGCCAGAUGGGUACAAGAUGAGAUGUUUCAUACAGACUUUCAGCACCACAACAAGGCACUGGCUGCGAUGGUAGAGCACUUGGAGAGCGAAAAAGAUGGAGUCAUCAGCUGCCUGGAUCUGAUCUUGAAAUGGCUCACCCUACGGUUCUUUGAUACCAACACAAGUGUUCUGAUGAAGGCCCUUGAAUACCUUAAAUUGCUUUUCACCUUGCUGAGCCAGGAGGAGUAUCAUCUUACUGAGAACGAGGCAUCCUCUUUCAUCCCAUAUCUUAUCCUGAAGGUUGGGGAACCAAAAGAUGUUGUCCGCAAGGAUGUGCGUGCCAUUCUGAAUAGGAUGUGCUUAAUCUAUCCAGCCAGCAAGAUGUUCACCUUCAUCAUGGAGGGGACAAAGUCGAAAAACUCCAAACAGCGGGCAGAGUGCCUGGAAGAGCUGGGGUGUCUUGUUGAGUCAUACGGCAUGAAUGUGUGCCAGCCAACUCCUGGCAAAGCGUUAAAGGAGAUGGCAAUUCACAUUGGCGACCGAGACAACACUGUCCGCAAUGCUGCACUCAACACCAUCGUGACUGUCUACAAUGUGCAUGGGGACCAGGUGUUCAAGCUGAUUGGAAAUCUUUCUGAGAAAGACAUGAGCAUGCUGGAGGAGAGAAUAAAGCGGGCUGCUAAGAGACCUGCUGCUGCUCCAGCAAGGCAGGCAGAAGAGAAACCUCAGCGUGCUCCGAGCACGAAUGCUAAUGCUAGCGUGCUGAGGAAGGGACCGGCUGAGGACAUGUCUUCCAAACUCAACCAAGCCCGCAACACGAGUGGCCAUUCUGAGAUGACACAUACAGUUCCACGGGAAUUCCAGCUGGAUCUAGAUGAAAUUGAGAAUGACAAUGGCACAGUUCGAUGCGAGAUGCCAGCACUUGUACAGCACAAACUAGAUGACAUCUUUGAGCCAGUCCUCAUCCCGGAACCCAAGAUCCGUGCUGUGUCCCCACACUUCGAUGACAUGCACAGUAAUACAGCUUCCACCAUCAACUUUGUCAUCUCCCAGGUAGCCAGUGGUGACAUAAAUACUAGUAUCCAGGCUCUGGCACAGAUUGAUGAGGUCCUCAGACAGGAGGACAAAGCAGAAGCCAUGUCUGGCCACAUUGACCAAUUCCUAAUAGCUACAUUCAUGCAGCUCCGACUGAUCUACAACACACACAUGGCAGAUGAGAAACUGGACAAGAAUGAGAUAGUCAAGCUCUACAGCUGCAUCAUCGGGAACAUGAUCUCGCUAUUCCAGAUGGAGAGCCUGGCUCGGGAGGCCUCCACAGGAGUGCUGAAAGACUUAAUGCAUGGCCUCAUUACAUUAAUGCUGGAUUCACGGGUUGAAGACCUCGAGGAAGGGCAGCAGGUCAUCCGAUCAGUCAACCUUUUGGUGGUGAAGGUUCUGGAGAAGUCUGACCAGACCAACAUAUUGAGUGCCCUGCUUGUUCUGCUCCAAGACAGUCUGCUAGCAACAGCCAGCUCUCCCAAGUUCUCGGAGCUUGUCAUGAAGUGUCUGUGGAGAAUGGUGCGGCUUCUUCCUGAAACCAUCAAUAGCAUCAACCUGGACCGAAUCCUGCUGGACAUACACAUUUUCAUGAAGGUGUUUCCCAAGGAGAAGCUGAAGCAGUGUAAAAGUGAAUUCCCCAUAAGGACACUUAAGACUCUGCUUCACACUCUGUGCAAGCUGAAAGGGCCCAAGAUCUUGGACCAUUUAACAAUGAUAGAAAACAAGAAUGAAUCUGAGCUGGAGGCUCACCUGUGUCGAGUAAUGAAGCACUCCAUGGAUCAAACUGGAAGCAAGACUGAUAAAGAGACAGAAAAGGGGGCUUCUCGCAUAGAUGAAAAGUCUUCAAAGGCCAAAGUAAAUGAUUUUUUAGCAGAGAUAUUUAAGAAGAUUGGCUCCAAGGAGAACACUAAAGAGGGUCUGGCAGAGCUGUAUGAAUACAAAAAGAAGUAUUCUGAUGCAGACAUUGAGCCCUUCCUGAAAAACUCAUCUCAGUUUUUCCAGAGCUACGUAGAACGAGGCCUCCGGCACAUUGAGAUGGAAAAGGAGGGCAAAGGACGCAUUCCUUCAUCUACAGGAAUUUCUCCUCAGACGGAGUUAACGUGUGUCCCCACUUCCACCAACACAGUGUCCUCAUCCAUAGGAAACACAAAUGGGGAGGAGGUGGGGCCUUCAGUCUACCUGGAAAGGCUAAAAAUCCUCAGGCAGCGUUGUGGCCUUGACAAUGCAAAGCAGGAAGACAGACCACCAUUGACAUCACUGCUCUCCAAACCAGCCCCUACAGUUGCAUCCUCCACGGAUAUGCUGCACAGUAAGCUCUCUCAGCUCCGUGAGUCACGGGAGCACUACCAGCAUUUGGACCUAGACUCCAAUCAGACUCACUCCUCUGGCAUUGGAACCACCACCUCUUCCUCCUCUUCCACAGCAGCCAAUAUUGAUGACUUGAAAAAAAGACUGGAGAGAAUAAAAAGCAGUCGCAAAUGAAGCUGUGAGAGAGAGAGAGCAUGGCUGCUGCUUAGCUGUCUUCAGCUUUAGUUUACUAAACUAGAAGUCUUCAUAGUUAAAGGGGCCUCAUUUAGGCCUAGUGUAUACAAACUGAUUUAUGUAUAAUACAGUGGAUUUUGGGGGAUGAUCUGAGUCAUUGUGGCACAAGUAUUUGUACAUACUCUGCUUCUCAGUGAGCAUCUCUUGACAAUAGAAGAUUGUCUGUGUAUUAGGUGUAGUGUACAGACCUGUAAACAGCUGUCGUCCUGCUCAGACUAACUUCUCAGACCUUGUUUUUUUAUUUGUAAAAUUGUAUUAAGAUCUUUUCUUAACUCUUAGAAGCUCUUUAGUGGUUUCACUUUUAAUUUUGUGAAUUCUUCUCCAUGUAAUCCUUGAACUGUUGAUUUCUGUAUGGACGCAUGGCAUGGCGUAACUAAUUUAAGUGUCUUUUGUAAAUAAAGUUUGCAUUAACUA